UGACGUUACAACAAGGCCUUUGCGGAGGGAUACGUUCAUAACAACAGUUGUUUACUCAACAGACUGAAAUUCCCCUAGAUUUUGGUCUAAACAUAACCUAACUUUACGUUUUUGACACUUCUAAAAUGUCCCUUUUUAGAAAACCAAAAAAGUCGAUUCAAAGAAGAGUAUUUUCUGAAAAAGACGAUGAAGAUGACGAAGAAAUGGAAGUGGACGUCCCAAAAAAAGAAAAGGAAUCCAAAUCGAAAGAGAAAACGGCUAAACACAAACCGAAAUCCCUUCUUAGUUUUGAAACUGAAGAGGAAGGUGAAGUUUUCCAAGUAAAAAAAUCAAAUCAUAGUAAGAAAUUGAUGAAAAUGUACGAAAAAGAACGCCGUAAAAAAGAUUUAAAAGAAAAAGAGGAGGUUAAAGAAAAAUUUAAAGAGUAUAAACCAACCGAAAUUGUAACAGAUGAUUUAAUUUUGGUGGUAAAUUCAAGCCAUAAACCCCCAUCUCCACCUCAAAUACCCAUUUUAAGUGGAAGAGAUGCUUUAUGUGCUGGAAAAGAUGAUUUAAGUUCCGAAGAUGAUGAUAAUCCAGGAAAACCAAGUUAUAAAUUUUCAAAACCUGACAAUUUUAAACACGUUUUAGAAUCAGGAGCUAUUCCCGAUGCAGCGAUGAUUCAUGCAGCAAGAAAACGUCGUCAACGUGCUCGAGAAUUAGGUGACCACAUCCCAUUUGAAGAGGAGGAAAUGGAAGAUAAAGGGCGAUUACUACGAGAAGAUGAACACGAUGGAAGCGACGAAGAAAGAAUAGAUAUGGGAGCGAAUCCUGUUAUUCGAGACCAAGAAAGGCGAAGAGAACAAUUUUUUGAAGCUCAAAUUUCCGAUUUAGAAGAAGCAGAUGAGUGGGAGGAUCAACAAAUAAGAAAAGGGGUUACAGCAGCUGCUUUAAACCAAGAAUUAUUGUAUAACGAGUACCAAUUAAAUAAUCCACCUCAAAUCGUACAAGAAAAUAUCCCAAAAAUUAACCCCGACAUACCUCGCACACCUCAAGCAAUUCUCGAAAAACUCACUGAGCACCACGAAAAUGUUAUUAAAUCACGAAACAACAAUAUUAAGAAGCUACAAGAAAUCCGUGAUGAGAUUGAAUCAACAGCACAUGAAAUCGAAGCGUUAAAACUUGAAGCUCCAAAAGCUGCAAGUCGUUUUCGAUUUUAUCAGGAACUUCGGGGAUAUAUAACUGAUUUAGUUGAAUGUUUAGAUGAGAAAAUUGAGGUGAUUCAUUCUUUGGAACAAAGAGCUAUCGAUGUUAUGGCUAAAAAAUCAGACUGGUUAAUUGAAAGACGGCGGCAAGACGUUCGUGAUCAAGCUGAAGAAGUCACAAAUAUGCCAAGUAGAAAUAUCGUGCGGAAAAGUGAAGAUGAAGAAAAAAAUCGAAGAGCUGUUGAGCGAGAAGGUCGAAGAACAAGGAGAAGGCGAUGUCGAGAAGCUAACGAAGAAAUAAAACAUGUUGAAGGAAUGUCGAGCGACGAUGAGAUUUCGCAACAAGAUAUUUUAACGUUAAUUAAAGAACGAGAACAAAUUGAGGUGGAAGCUCAAACCGUUUUUGAUGAUGUAGUUGAAGAUUUUUCGUCCGUUUCAAAUAUUUUAAUUAAAUUUGAACAAUGGAGGGAAACUGAUGUUAGCGCUUACACUGAAGCUUACGCAACGGUUUGUUUGCCAAAAGUUGUAAGCCCUUUAGUUCGGUUAAACAUGAUUUUUUGGGAUCCUUUAACUGAAACGGGAGAUAUUGAUAAAUUAGAUUGGUAUCGAAUUUUAGCAAUGUACGGUCUUCACGAAGGCGAAACUGAAACCAGUUUAUCUCGAGAUCCUGAUAUAACUUUACUUCCAAGCGUUGUUGAAAAAGUUGUUAUCCCAAAAUUAACAAUCUUAGUUGAUAAAUGUUGGGAUCCGCUAUCCAGUACACAAACUUUACGAUUAUUAAGCGUUGUAAGUCGUUAUAUUCGUCGCUUUCCAACGUUAGGUCCUGAAAGUAAAUCACUUUUGAAUCUUUUCAAUGCAAUUUUACAUAAAUUGAAGAGUUCGUUGGAGAACGACGUUUUUAUUCCGAUUGUUCCGAAAUUGGUUGAGUCUAAAAAUGUGUUCUUUCAAAGACAAUUUGCGAGCGGAUUAAAAUUGUUAAGAAAUAUAACGAGUUGGCAGGGAAUUAUAAAUGAUAACAUUAUAAAAGAUAUUGCUUUAAAUUCUUUGUUAAAUCGCUAUUUGCUUUCUGCGGUUAAAAUCUGUCCGUUAACUGAUGCCGUCGCUAAGAUUGGGUUAAUUAGUUUGAUUUUACCCAGAGUUUGGUUACAAAACGAUACUCAGCAAUUACAAAUGUUUAGUAGUUGUAUCACGAAUUUCGCUCAACAGUUGGAUAAAAAUAAUCCGUUACAUUUAGAAAGUAUUGAAACUCUCGCUAAUAUUUUAAAAACAUUAAAGACAUAAAAAUGUGUAUAAUCUAAGUUUUAUUAUAAAGUAAAGUAAA